ACAGGCCAGGAAUUCCAGGAUAGGCUCCCAGGAUGUCCAUCACAAGCUCUCCUUCCUUUUAGAAACAAACCAGAUGAAGGGAAAGCUAAAAAUGGAGACAUCAGUGUUCAGCUGCUGGGUUCUUUUCCUGCUCUUUUACCCAGCUGCUCCCAUGUGUCUUCCCACGGAGUUCACUUUAUUUGUGGAAAAGCCAGAAUGUGAUUAUUGUGUUGCAAUCAACACUACUAUCUGCAUGGGGUUUUGCUUUACAAGGGACAGCAACAUGAGGGAGAUUUUCCAUCCGAGCUUCGUCGUCCAAAGAAGGUGCACCUAUGACAGGAUGGAGUAUCGCACUGUCAUUCUGCCUGGCUGUGGUCUUCAUUCCAACCCUGUAUUUACCUUCCCUGUAGCUCUCAGCUGCCACUGUGGAGCCUGCAGGACUGACAGAGACGAGUGCUCACGCAGAGUCAACAGCUACAAUGCUAACUGUGUUAAACCAGUUGUGCGGGUUUAUCCAUACCCUGGUCAAAGCAACUACAUGGUCCCAUUUUAAUUCCUCUGUUUAUGUAAAGAAAGGUUUCCACCUUAUCUUCUAAUGGACCAUAUGGUGUUAGCACUGUUUCCUACUGUAUCUUAAUUUAAUCAGGUUUUUGUCUGAUAAUACUGCUUCAUUUUGACUCCUUAGUUUACUAUGAGAUUGACUUCCAAUGUCUUUGUUAGCAUAGUUUCUUAUGCUUUC